AUGGCGAAACGCUUCAAGCUAAAGAUAUCCCGUGUCUUGUUCCAAUCUUGCCGAUGCAAAGAUCCUUGUGAUUCCCCCUCAAAUCCUGACCCUUCUUUCUUCAGACUUUCUUCUUCUGUCAACCCAAUCCCUAUUACCCUCCACUUACCCCCAUCAGCCCCGCAACCAACUCCCCGUUGCUCCUCCCUCAAACGCCACGUUUCCUCGGCGUUCUCGUCUAUGGGUUGCGUUCUCCGAUCAAGAUCGUCCGCUCCGUGUUUCUCUGAAACUGAACGCAGCGAAUCGCAUCUGCCGCCGACGCCGGAGUUUUACUGGGAAAGAGAGGAUGGAUGGCACGUGAUCGCCAAAGUUCUCGACGAUGAGGAAACCCCUCGUCGUAAAAACUACUACACCUCUGACAAUAACGACGAUUUUUUCAUCUCUCCAUCUAAGCCUCCCAACACGGAAAACAGAAAACGACGAUGUAAAAAGAAGAAAACGAGGAAGUCGUCAGUGGAAAGCUUUGAUGAUGAAGAAACAGAAACCCUAGUCUCAUCUUCCGGAAGUUUCACAACUGAUUCCUCUUCAGCCAUACGCAAAGGAAUGACCAUUAGGCAUAGAAGCAGGAGGAAGAGAAACAGGAAAGUGAAGAAGGCAAGAAGGAGCCGUAUGAUGAGAUUAUCAUCGUCGGAGAGCGAAUCGCCGGCUAGACUUUCGAGCUUUUUGAAGCGGAUAGUACCAUGCACGGUGGAGGGAAAAGUGAGUGAGAGUUUUGCGGUGGUGAAGAAAUCAGAGGAUCCAUGCAAAGAUUUUAAGCAUUCGACGAUAGAGAUGAUAUUAGAGAAUCAAAUGUUCGAGAACGAGGAUUUGGAACAGCUCUUGCUUUGUUUCUUAUCAUUGAAUUCUAGGCGUCAUCAUGGCGCCAUUGUUCAGGCUUUUGCUGAGAUUUGGGAGGCUUUGUCUUCUACGGGAUCCAAUGGUUCUCCAGUUUCAUUUGCUCUUAAUUUAAUCAACUAA